AUCAUUUCGUGUGUGUUUCUGUAUGCAAUAAAUAGGAAACCUUGAACAAUAAUAUUUAUCACAUUUGCAAUUUUGUUGGAGAAAACCACAAUAGGGCAAUGUCUGUGAAUUAUGCUGCUGGCUUGUCUCCAUACGACAAUAAGGGCAAGUGUGGGAUGCCAGAGAAGUAUGACCCACCAGACAUCUUAGAAUCCAAAAUCAGAGAGUUAGCUGACAUGAUAAGGACAAGUCGUCAUUUUGUCGCUCACACAGGAGCUGGUAUUAGCACUUCAGCUGGAAUCCCAGACUUUAGAGGCCCCAAAGGUGUUUGGACACUUGAGAAGAAAGGUGAACAACCACACUUUAAUGUGACAUUUGAAUCAGCUCGUCCCACUACUACACACAUGGCACUUGUUGGUUUGGAGAAAAAGAAUAUACUGAAGUACACAGUGAGCCAGAAUGUGGAUGGACUACAGAUCCGCUCGGGGUAUCCUGUUAAUCGACUCUCCGAACUCCAUGGCAACAUGUUUGUGGAAGUGUGUAAUAAAUGUGGCACUCAGUACAUAUUGAGCACCUGUACGCCAACCAUGGGGCUGAAGCUGACUGGGAGGAGCUGUACUCAGUCUAAAACCAGGGGGCGCUGCAGGGGUAAGCUGACGGAUACCAUCUUGGAUUGGGAGGAUUCACUCCCAGAGCAGGACCUCAAACAGGCAGAGAUAGAAUCCAAGAAGGCAGACCUCAGCUUGUGUUUGGGCACAUCAUUACAGAUUGUCCCGAGUGGGAACCUACCUAUGAUGACAGUGGGUAGUGGAGGGAAGCUAGCUAUCAUCAAUCUUCAGCCCACUAAACAUGACAAAUAUGCCAAGCUAAGAAUAUGGGCAUAUGUGGAUGAAGUCAUGACCAGAGUGUGCAAGAUUCUCAAUGUGGAUAUUCCAGAAUUUGAACGUCCGGUGGUUACAUUAAGUUCAGAACACUCGAAAAGCAAAAAAAUAUCAAACUAUGUUAUUCUGGACAAAGAACUGUUUCCAGAUUACAAAGGCUACAUCAAAGGGUGGUCUGAUCAAGGUUCAGAACAAAGCAAUGAUAAUGGUAGCAAGGAACAAACAGAGGUGACAGAGAAUAAAAAGUCAGUGAAAGGUGAUUUGACUGGCAAGGACAGUGAGGUGAAGGAUUUUAAAUCAUCUGGUUCUAAACUUACUGUCCGGCCUGAGGUAUCUCCCCCUAAGCCUUCCACAACAAAACCAAGCCAGGAUCCACAACCUCUCAAAGAUUUCAGCCGGGAACGGGUUGUGCAGAAACUGAUAGAGCAGCAGAUAUUGGAUGAAGGAACUUCACAGCAGACUAUAGCAGUAGUUGACCAAUCAGGACAGGUGUUACAACCUAACCCCAGCUCAUUACCCAAUCAACAAGUGGUUUAUCCUCCUGUGACACAGAACUGGACAAAUACUCCGCCACCUGUUCAACCAGAAAUGACAUACACCCACAAACGGUUUGGAGAGUUACCACUGGACAGUGUACAGUAUCAACAAACAGUGCCUUUGGGUUAUGGACAGAGUAGCAUCACUGUGCCGACGGUCCACCCAUCGAUGCAGGCUCCACAAGCCUUACAGGGAGUCCAUCAGCCCCUGGUGCACACCACACAGCAGGCGCAGCUGCAGAUGCCGCCACAGCAGCCCCAUCUGCAGCCACACAUGCAGGUUUCUGCAUCUCUCCCUGCUGUACAGACACAGGGUGGACACGGACAGCUGCAUGGGACACACUCUGAGGUGCAAGCUGCACAGGUUCAGGUGCUCAGCUCACAGACUCACACGCAUCAAGGUCACAGUUCACACAACUUGACCUUGACCUCCAAUACAGCACAGCAUCAUGUAGAUCAAGCUGUCAGUUUGGGAUCAGGGAUCCCUGGAUUUCACAACAGUCAGGAUGACCAGUUUCACUCACCAGAUGCAGGGGAACCUAGUGCCAAGACUCGCAGGAUGAAUGAAAAGACUUACAUUAGCCUCUAAGAUUGAACUAAUGGGAACCUCUGAUCCAUUAGUAACGAUCUGAUGAAACUGAUCUGAGUAACAACAAAGCUGGUCCCAGGUACAAGGAGCAGCAAGACCCAGCACAACAGACAUCUUGGUACAGCUUGGCGUAACACUGCUGCCAUCUAUCUUGGUCAGGGUGGCGGACUAGUCUAGUGGUUGUGGUGUUUGCUCAUGAUGCCCAAUUCCCCACAUGGGUACAAUGUGUGAACCACUUUCUGAGUCCCUACCCCGGUAAUUCUGGUGGAAAAGGGGGCAUAAAACCAUACAUACUCACUCACUCCACCAUGCUGGUCAUGUUUAUAUGUCAGAUUCAUUUUGGUUGUUUAAAAUUAAAGGUCAAAUAGUUUUCAUGUAGGAUGUAUGUUGUUGGGCGACCAGGUGUUGUGUUAUUUCUACAUUUCAGUAUGUAUCAAGUUAUUUUUAUUUGUACAAUAUGCCCAGUUGGGUUUGAAGUGUUCAGAAUCAGUGUUGCUAUGUUACCACAUAGUAGGGAGAUCCCAUCUGAUGCAGCACUGAGAAUAUCACCCCUGAUGUAAUCCUGUACUCGUAAACAUAAUGCAUAAUUGUAUAAUUACUUUAAACAUGAUAAACUAUCAGUACUU